GGCACAACAUGGCCUCAGCACAGAUACGACAUUUCUAUAACACACCAACAACAACAACAAACAAAUCUCCUUCUUCCACAACAAACCAACUCUUACAACAACAACGACAACAGCAACACACGGUCAACAGCAAACGGAAGCAAUUUGAAAGUGAAGCGUUUGUGUGUCACACAACAACACAAAGUGAAUUGGAAGCAGCAGCAGGAACAACAACAACAGCAACAGCAGCCGCAGCAACAUGGCAGCUUUCUACACCAGCAACACUCGGGGCAGCCACAGCAACAACAACAACAGCAACAGCAGCAGCAGCAGCAACAUCAUCAGAUGAUGUACAAACGAGCGGAAGUAAGAAAGGUGUGUCAACUUGGUUAUGGACAAUAUAUGAGAUCGCUAUCAGCAGCAGUCGUAGCAGAAGCAACAACAACAACAACAACAGCAGCAAUAACAACAGGGACAACAGAAUGUUACAGCAUGUUGGCACAGAGUCUGAGCAACAGCAGCCGCAUCAGCAAUAUCCUGUUGCACGUUCAUAUGGUGCUAAUGUCACUGACGGCUACAACGAUAUUGGCUCUAGCGGUACGGGAUGGCAGCGCGUUGCUGUUGCAACUAUGGGUGCCACUGCUGCUGCUGUUGGGCGCUCUCAAUUGGCUGCCACUGACAACUGCAAUACAACGGCUGCAACGGCAACAGCCAGCAUAUGCAAGCCAGCAAUACAAUCACGCUUAUCUUCCAAAAAUAAACACGGCCAAGGUCAAGACUCUACAACAGCAACACAGACAGCAGUCACACCAACAACAACAACAACAACAACAGCAACAACCAAACAACAACGAAAAGUCUAUCAACACUGCACAAACGAUGACGCUGCCAUUGCCCAGGGCACUCGGACUGUCAAAUUCUUUAUGGAUAUGCAAAAAUUUGCACGCACUGUAUUUCCGCUUGUCAUUGUCUUCAAUUUGCUACCUUUAUUCUAUGCAGGUACGUUCCAAGAAGCCAUCCAAGAGCUGGCCGCCACUGCGCACUUGAAAUCGCCCGGCAUUGAGGGCGAGGGCGCAGGCGAGCCAUGGAUGCAGCCGGUUGUGGCAUACUUGGAGGCGCCGGUGCGGCCCACAAAAUCGCCAAAAUGUGAUCAGACGUUCGUCUCGCGCAUUGGCGGUCCGCAAAACGGCACCUUUACGGCGCCGCUGCUGCACAAUCAUCGCAAUCAUUCGCGCCAAUGCCUCUACACAUUCCUAGCAGGACCUGGCCAGCGUGUCGAAGUAGUUUUUAAAUCCUUUAAUUUAAGAGGAAGUCCGCCAGACGGUUCGGCCGUCGGUGAAUUACCAAGUUGUGUUCAUGAGUACAUGGAUAUCUACUCGGAGGUGCAAUCGUCCGAACCAGCGGAGCUGAUCAAUUCGCCAUUCGGCGGUCGCUACUGUGGUGCCAUACCACCGCGUCGUCGCAUUUCCAUGUACCGCGCCGUUGCCAUUUCAUUUUUCAGCAACAAGAAUGUGUCGACAGACCUGUUCGAGGGCACGUUUAGGUUUAUAAAUGCAUCGGAAUAUGAAAUUGGCAUACCCAUUGCUGGUUCGCCAUGUUCCUAUACGAUAACGCCUAGCAUGAGUAUCAAUAAAACUGGCGCACUCAUAUCGCCAACCUAUCCAGGUGCCUAUCCGAAGGAUAUGUCAUGCACAUAUCAAUUUCUUGGUGAAUCAAAUCAGAGAGUUAGAUUAGAGUUUCGUGAUUUUGAUCUGUUUUUUGGUGGACCACACUGCCCAUUUGACUAUGUGAAAGUGUACGAUGGUCCAGAUAAUUCGUCAGCAUUAAUCGGUACAUAUUGCGGACAGCAAAGAAACUUAGUAUUGUAUUCGAGCGAAUCGAGCCUUUUUGUUCAUUUUUAUACCCUACCGCGCACCGCAAAUUCCCAAAAUCGUGGCUUUAAAGGAAUUUAUGAAUUUAGCGAAAGUUUUGUUAAAUUAGAUUUUAUACGUGAAAAUGAUGGCAUUCACAUACGUGGCUCAGAAUGUGAUCAAAAGAUUUUAUCAAAUAAGGAAUCGACAGGAUUCGUGCUCUCACCUAACUAUCCCUAUCCAUAUAUACAAAAAACUGUGUGUAGAUAUUUCAUCUAUGGCAUGCAGGAUGCACAGCAUCUGGAGCGUGUACGUCUCGAGUUUAUCUCUUUCAACAUACCCAAAGUGGAGCACAAGGACAAGGGCGAAUCCAACUGUACUGAUGGCUAUCUUAAGAUCUAUCUGAAAGGCCAGGAGACUGCCGACGCGUAUGACAAGUUUGACUACGAGCUGUGCGGCAAUGAGACGCAACGCGUGAUCAGCGAUGGGCCACGCCUGGCCAUGGUGUUCAGUUCGGGUGAGCUGCAGGGGCGUGGCUUUAAGGGCAAGUACACAUUCGAAACGGAAUACAAGAUACCCGGCACGGCGGCACCAGACGGCACCUGCAGCUUUACGUAUGUGAGCAGCUCGAAGAAACGCGGCGAGCUAAACAGUCCACGCUAUCCCUCCAACUAUCCGUCAGACACAAACUGUUCCUAUUUGUUCUUGGCCGAGCCCAACGAGCAGGUGACCAUUGUAUUCGAUCACUUCAAGAUCAAAGCGGACAACAAUGUGAACGCCACCGCCGGCUCUUACGGCUCCGGUGCCUGCUUUGAGGAUUGGCUGGAAAUGUAUGUCGUCUACCGGGAUAACAAUGAUCGCUUGCUGGGCCGGUAUUGUGGCUUAACAGCACCCGGGCCCGUUGAGAGUCCGCGCGGCGCGGUCGGCUUACGCAUCACGUUGCACACGGACCAGGAGAGCGUGGCCAGUGGCUUCAAGGCUCGAUACUUUUUCGAGUCGGCCAAGUCCGAUGCAGGCGACUGUGGCGGCAACUUCAGCAACGAGGACUCCGGCAUUAUAACCUCGCCGAACUACCCAGCUGGCUAUAAGGCCCCAGGUCGCGGCAUGGCCUCCAACGCAUGCAACUGGGUGAUGACCGCACGCGCCGGCUACAAGUUGUCCAUCAAUUUUGAGCAGUUCGGACUCGAGGGCGAUCCAGCGAAUCGCGGAUGUCCCGCCGCUGUGCUGCGCCUGUGGGUGAAUGUUGACUCGGAUCAGCCGCCCCUGGAGCUGUGUGGCGAAAAGCCGCCCAUUGAGCACUGGCACUAUAUAUCCACCGGUCAGACGGCGCGCAUCAGCUUUACCACCAGCGAUAAGACCGUUGGUGCACAGGGCUUCCGCAUAGUAUGGACUGAGAUACAGGACUCUGGCCCGGGACCACCGUCGAUUGGGCUGCUCUGCGAGUCCACGUACCACUUCCAGUGCGCUGCGGGCUAUUGCAUAUCGGAUAAGCUGCGCUGCGACGGCGUCAAGAACUGCGGUCCCGGCGAUGAUAGUGACGAAUUGCAUUGUAUCACGGAAGCGGCCGAGGAGGAUCACGACGUCCUAAUUAUAAUAACACUAGUCGUCGCCUCGUCCCUAAUUUGUCUCCUAUGCACACUCUGUCACUCCAGAAGAAAACGUAGAAAUCACGUGCGUCAAUUGGGUUUACAUCGAAAUGCACACUAUGAUUCUCAGACGAGCGCAACGGCUGGUCUUAGCUCCAGUCGGCGUCAUUUGCAGAGUGGUGGGGCGAGCAUUGCGGGCAGCCUACAUGGCAUCAAUAGCGGCACGCUGAUCAUUCCACCGGCACCACUGCCACCCACCAGUGUGCCACCGCCACCGCAUAUAUGCAUAGCCGGCGUUGACAUGUCGCACGGUUUGAUGAACGACGAUGACGAUGAUGAGGACGACGACGAUCUGGAACUGGAUGAGGAUCAACUGGCUGCCGACAUAUUUAUUAACGAUGUGCAUUUCGACGAAGAUAAUAUUGAUCAUGUAAACCAAAUGGCUAACGUUUAACUAUGUGUUUAAGUAUUUUUAUCGCUAGUUUCAGCUAUAAAGCGCUUUAGAUUAAGUCGUGCCCCAGCUGAAGGACGCAUUACAAGUGAGUAAAUGUGUGCGAUCAGCUGGAGCAAAAAGAACUUGAACAAAAAUUCAAAAGUUAACAAUACCUAAAAGACGAAAAAUUAUGCAAAUGUGCGAAUUGAUUAAGACAUAUAUUUAAUAAGCUAUAGAGGAGGCGCGAAUAACGUAAUGAGUACAGUAGUGCGUAAACAUUGUAGUAGCGAUAAACGAUAAACGAUAAAUGAUAAACGAUUAACGAUUUACGAUGAACAAAGAAGACAGACAACAAAUAAUAAUUACAUUUAAUUAUACAUACAUACUAUAUUAUACACAUUGCGACUACGGAUGACGAGGGAAAUGCGACAAUGCGAAAAAUAAAGAAAGACGGCAAACCAGAUAUGGAAAAGCCAAGCGGCGAGCAUGUAAAGCAUUUUCUUAGCCAAAAGAGACCGCAAAAAGUUGUUGAUUUUUAUAUUUGAUACGAGUAAUAUUUAGGUGAAGCAUAAUUGAAUGAAUUAUACAACAAAUCCAAUAAGAAAUGAAAAAAGUAUAUAAAUAAAAUAAAAACACAAAGGCCCGUACGGGAGAUAAUACACAUUCACAUGAAUAAAUAUAUUUGAAUGCAAGCAAAGUAAACAAACAAUUCUACUUAUUAAAGGGCAUAAAACAAUAAACAUAAAUGCAUAUAUUAUAUCUAUACAGCCGCGUAUAACUUUUAUUUACACCUUUUUUACACACCCGAGGAACCGACGAAACUCAAGUUAAACAUGUUUAUAAAUUGAAGUUUUUAACAAGACAUAGGAUACAUACGUGAAAGAGGAGAAUGCAUAAAUAAAAGAAUUAGUGACUAUCAAACCUGUAUCUUCCAGCAAAAGUUAAACGCAAAAUCCUUUAAUUGAGAGUUUUGUA